AAAAAAAUUCAUAUAAUUCCAUUUAAAAAAAUGAAGUUGACCUCGAAAUCUCCGAAGCGCCUCCAUCUAAAAAAAUUAUAACCAGCAUAUAUUAUAGUCCUCUUAAUACCGUACAACUUUUGUAAUUACAAUAUUUUCAUAUCUCUAAAAAAAGCAGAGAUAUUCAAGGUGGACAAAGUUAUUGCCCUACCCGGUAUAUAUGGUAUAUAUGAUAAUUUAGUUGCUAAUUUAAUUACUAAAACGUACAGCACGAGAUAAACAAUGUAGCAGUUUAAUCGUUAUACAUAUUAUGAAAUCUGGAUUAUCAGUCGGAAAUAGCGUUAAUUUUUCUGAAAAUGUUAUUUAAUUGCUUGAAAUAAAUCUGAUUGAAUAAUUUGGAGAAUAAAGAAGAAAUAGAAAUAGAGUGAAGGAGAGUGAAGAGGGGUUGCGAUUUUUGCGAAUUGGAAAAAUUACUAAUUACUUUUAGGAGAUUGAAAAAGUAUUGCAAGAUAAGAAGUGAUUGGAAUAUGAAGAAGAGAAUCAAGAUAUUAUAAAUAACAGAGGAGUUACAGGAGUAUACAUCUUGAAGAGUCGUACAAACUAACGGAGAUGAAUUUUGUGCGCUUAAUAUUAAACAUUAAUAACUGUGAUAAAAACAAAGGUAAAGGUUUUUGAGAUGUUAUAGAUAGGCAGUAGAAACAAACGGAAUGACACAGAAGUAGAAGAACUUGGAAAAGAAUCAAUAAAGUGUUUCGUUGAGAAGAUGGGUAGGUACGACGGGAGAAGAUGAGAUGACAUCGAGCAGACGGUGAGAGACUCAUUAUCAGCGCGGAGAGGGAUUUAAUAAGAAGACUUUUUUUCAUGAUAAAUAGUGGAAGUUGUGCAGUUAUGAAGUUCUCUGUAACGCAGCCAGUCACAAAGUUUUGAAAUAAGCAUGCUCGAAUUUAACAAAAUUGUGAGACUUCAAUGCUAUAAACAAACUUUGCAACUACAUUUAACAACGGUGUAAACGACCUGGUCACGAUCGAAGAGGUAAUUGGCGACAUUCUUUUUAUCUACUCUAACACAAUAUAGCACUAAUAGCGCGCUUCACAAACACAGUCUUUAUCUGUUGAUGUGACUUUAAGUACAAUAUAAUUAUACUUUAUACGUAAAGUUAUUGCUGUCAUUAUGCACAGUGCAAAAAAUCCUUAUAAUGACACGUGUGAUAUUAAGUGCAAAGAAGAAAUUAUUACGAAAAAAAAAACACAAAAAACGGAUAUUAUAUGGUUAACGGUCUUUUACUUACUGACAAUGCACGUCAUUGGACUUUAUGGUUUAAUCACGUUCAACUACUUUGAAAGCUUAAGGACGACUUUGUGGUUAUUAACCUUGUACAACUUAGGAUGCAUCGGUGUGACUGCUGGUGCUCACAGAUUUUGGUCUCAUCGAUCAUACAGCGCUAAUUUACCGCUCAGGCUCAUUCUUUUUAUUUGUUACUGUUCAAGUGGAGGGGUCUCUAUUUUUAGUUGGGUACGAAUUCAUCGUGUACAUCACAAAUACGUCGACACAGAUUUAGAUCCUCACAACAGCCGACGCGGCUUUUUCUUUUGCCACAUAGGUUGGAUUCUAAGAAGACUCAGACCUGAAAUCGUUCAAAAGUUACGCGAAACUGAUAUGCGGGACAUUUUGGCAGAUCCAAUCAUCGCUUUUCAUAAAAAAUAUGUCACUUUGAUCAACUUGAUAUUCUCUUAUAUCUUGCCCACGCUGAUACCAGUUUACUUCUGGGAUGAGACUUGGAACAGAUCCUUCACUUCACAAGUAGCUCGGGUAUUAUUGGUGUUACAUGCAAGCUUUUCCAUAAACAGUUUUGCUCAUACGUGGGGUACCAAGCCAUAUAACAAAAAUAUACGACCAACAGAGAAUAUGAGCGUGAGUGUAGUUUGUAGUGGCGAAGGAUUUCAUAAUUAUCAUCACACAUUUCCCUGGGACUAUCGUGCGUCCGAGUUCAAUUGGUAUAUUUUCAAUCACUCGGCGUUUUUCAUCGACAUGUUCGCGAAGAUCGGAUGGGCCUACAAUCUCAAGAAACCGUCCCCGGAGCUUGUGAAACGAGUUGCUGCCGAUAAAGGCGAUGGCUCCCGUGCCAAAUGGGACGAAAUCCCAGUGUGUGAUUGAAGUGCCAAAGAUUAAUUAGCGAAUGCAACACAUACAUGUAGAAUAAAUUUAAUUCAUUAAAUUACAGUCUUAUUUCACCGUU